UGGGGGCGGGGCUAGGGCGGAGGUGACGGUCAUCUGAUCUGCAGCGGCCUCGGAGGCCCAGGCACUGAAAGCUGAGGCUAUGAUGGCGGCAACAGUGGUAUCUCGGAUGCGGAUGGGGACACGGCGGGCCCCGGUCCCGUGGCUGCCUCUGUCGUUGGUGGCGGUGGCGGCGGCAGUGGCCGCGGAGCAGCAGGUGCCACUGGUACUAUGGUCGAGUGACCGGGAUCUGUGGUCUCCUGUGGCUGACACACAUGAGGGCCAUAUAACCAGCGAUAUGCAGCUUUCUACCUACUUAGACCCUGCCCUGGAACUGGGCCCCCGCAAUGUACUGCUGUUCCUGCAGGACAAGCUAAGCAUUGAGGACUUCACAGCAUACGGUGGUGUGUUUGGAAAUAAGCAGGACAGUGCCUUUUCUAACCUGGAGAAUGCCCUGGAUUUGGCCCCCUCCUCACUGGUGCUUCCUGCCGUGGACUGGUAUGCAAUCAGCACUCUGACCACCUACCUGCAGGAGAAGCUUGGGGCUAGUCCCCUGCAUGUGGAUCUAGCUACCCUAAAGGAGCUGAAGCUCAAUGCCAGCCUCCCUGCCCUGCUGCUCAUCCGCCUGCCCUAUACAGCCAGCUCCGGUCUGAUGGCGCCCAGGGAGGUCCUCACAGGCAACGAUGAGGUCAUUGGACAGGUACUGAGCACACUCAAGUCUGAAGAUGUCCCAUACACCGCAGCUCUUACUGCAGUCCAUCCUAGAGUGGCCCGUGAUGUACCCAUGGUGGCUGGGGGUCUAGGUCGCCAGCUGCUUCAGACUCAGGUGGCAUCACCUGCAAUCCAUCCUCCUGUGAGUUACAAUGAUACUGCCCCAAGGAUCCUGUUCUGGGCACAAAACUUCUCUGUGGCAUACAAAGACGAGUGGAAAGACUUGACUUCCCUCACCUUUGGUGUGGAGAAUCUUAACUUGACUGGCUCCUUCUGGAACGACUCCUUUGCCAUGCUUUCACUGACCUAUGAACCACUCUUUGGUGCAACAGUGACAUUCAAGUUCAUUCUGGCUAGUCGCUUUUACCCAGUGUCUGCCCGAUACUGGUUUACCAUGGAACGACUUGAAAUCCACAGCAAUGGCUCUGUUGCCCAUUUCAAUGUUUCCCAAGUCACGGGGCCCAGCAUCUACUCUUUCCACUGUGAGUAUGUCAGCAGUCUGAGCAAGAAAGGCAAUCUCCUUGUGACCAAUGUGCCCUCACUCUGGCAGAUGACUCUUCACGACUUCCAGAUCCAGGCCUUCAAUGUGACAGGUGAGCAGUUCUCCUAUGCUAGCGACUGUGCUGGCUUCUUCUCCCCAGGCAUCUGGAUGGGGCUGCUCACCACCCUCUUCAUGCUUUUCAUCUUCACCUAUGGCCUGCACAUGAUACUCAGCCUCAAGACCAUGGAUCGCUUUGAUGACCACAAGGGCCCCACCAUCACUUUGACACAGAUUGUGUGACAUGUGCCAGAGAGGGAUUGAGGAAGUGUUGGUGUCUAGGUUGUCAUGUUUCCAUCUUGUGGCACAGUGAAUGGAAGGGUUUGUCCUCUUCCUAUUAUAGCAUGACCCUCAACCUUUUGCUUCCUCUUCAGUCUGCUUAGGGAAUUCCCUGGGACUAUCCCCCAUCUCUACCAACAAAGUGUAUAUAUUCUUCAUAGAUAUUAGACAAAUCUUCCAGGCUCCAUCAUCAUGAGGGGAAGGGACAUUAAUUCUAGUGUUUCCUUUUUCCCCUUCCCCCUUAUUUAUUCUUGCCCCUCCACUACUAUCCCUUGCUGUUUAUAGUGCUUUUAUGUAGUUAAUGCUCAUUCCCCAAGCUUUAUGGAGCUUCCAGCAACAGCAGUGAACUUUUGAGGUUCCUUGAUUUUCAGAGGUGUGGAAAGAAUACUUAACUGUCUGUCCAGCUUGGCUGUUGUGUUUUUUGGGUGAUAUGUUAAGAAUGAGCGGUACAUUGGGGUUUAUUUCUGUGUCCUGAGAAGGAAGAGACCUCCAGGAGGACUGGUGAGCAGAGUGUGCUUACUGGGUUUCUGGCUUGUUCCCACUAGGAUUGCCUGUCAAGAGGUGGGGAUAGGGGUCCUCUGUUUUUUUCCUUCCUAAUAAAAUAAAGAUGUAUUGCCAUGUGUUGA